UUACCAAAAAUAACCAGAGCCUCGCUGUAACUCGCUCGCCUCACACUCUACUUUAUUGUUCGUUUCUUUUCUCUUCAAUGGCGGAUUUUGGAUACUUAUCGGAUACGGAUGACUCGGCUGUGGAAGAACUCAUCUCUCAAACGAAGGAUCUCUCUGUUCUUGAACAGGUCUCUGCCAUUAACUGUUCUGGCUUCACUGACUCGGUUCUUCCCUCUGAGUUGGAACAACGAUUGCGCAAACUUAAGUCCUUUCCUUCCACUAGUGGGAAGCCUAAAUUCUCCGCGGAGGAAUCUUUUCAGCGUUCGAAGAGCGAGUUGAACAACUCGCGAGGAGAGUGUGAGCACGACCAGAGCCGAGAUGUGAAGGUGGGUUUGGAGAAAAAAUCUGUGCUUGAUUACGAUUCUUCUCCUCUUAAUUCUUUGGAUUUUUCCACGGAAAAUGAGGUUUUCUCGGAGUCCAAACAGAACCCGUAUGGGAAAACGGAGUUGAAAGAAAAAUCCAAACGGGGGUUUGUUCCUGUUCAUGAUUCAGCUCCCUUUUCGUCGAAAUCGUUUUCUUCCCCUUUGAGCUCUACGAAUUCAUCAAGGGGUUCACCUUCUCCGCCUCGAAAGAGCGGUUGUUUUUGGUGUUCACCGAAGAAGAUUGUCAAGCCAACGAGCAAGGAAGAUCGAUCAGUGAUUAGUAAAAACGACGAGUUGUUAUCGGAUUUGGGUACUUUUUCAUUGAAAGAGCAGAAAAAGAUACUGAAGAAGGCAAUGAAGGAGCAAGAAAAGGUUAGCCGGGAGGCAGAGAGGAUCGUGGACUGGGCAAAACAAGUGUCAAUGAGAAUGAGUCCUCAUGACAUUGAAGAUGAGCUCAGCGAUGAGUAGAACUGCAAAUUAAUCAGUACAGUUUAAGGGUUUUGAUUUUUUUGGUUCAACUUCAUACUUAAUUACUGUCCUUUUUUUUUGGUUUUCUCUUCGAUGCUAUAAAUAUAUAGUUGCCUUGUUGUAAAGGGUGAUACUGUUUUCAAUAUGCUUUUGUACAUUUUGAGAAAUACAUGGAAUUACUUGUUAUUUGGAAA